UCACACGGAUUUGUUUUGAAAACGCACCGUAAAGCCCGGGUAAGAGGAGCAUGGAGGAAAAUGAGGGCAGACUGCAGAGCCAGUUCAAUGUCCUAACCAGAUAACUCAUGUGGAGGAGCUUGCUGCUGAAGGGCACCGCCUGUCUCUCGCAGGUGGCAGCCCCGAGGUUUCUCCACCAAAGACACUUUUCACCCAUCUGUGUGAGACUUCUCAUUCAGAGGGUCCUCCACAGACCUUCUGAGGCUCGAUGUGGUUUAGAGAUUCAGGGUAAGGCCUGCUUCCCGGCACACAGUGGGAGCAGGGCUUAUAAAAAGGAUGCUAAGUCAACUGUAGAGUUUCCUUUGAGCCCCAUCACAGUCACAGACAUCAAACAGUAUCUGCGCUCCAAAGACAUUCCCUUCCACGAUGGCUACAGCUGCCUCCACAUCCAGAGCAUCUUUGUCGAGUCGUCUGCCAGGAAGGACAGCUUCACCUUGUUCAUCGAUAAAACCACCGGGCAGUUUCUGUGUAAAGACACUUUGGUGGAAGGCAGCUGGGAGGAUCUCCAGGACUGUCUGGAGGUGAUGCAGAAGGAGGAGCAGGACUUCCUCAGCCCUCAUGUGCUAUUGGGGUAUCCAGAGAGUGUGGAGGAGCAGGAGGAGAGGGAGAGAGAGCUGAGGGAGGUGCAGAGGAUCUGGUCCAGCUCUGUUCCCUUCACUGAUGUCCCUGAGGACGAGGCUCAGCUCAUUAAAACCAUGUUCAAGAUCACAAAGGUCUCUAAUGCAACCCUGAAGAAGUUUGGUGUUAGGGUCUUCAAGCCUACCAAGAGUCUGGUUUUCCCAUGGUUUGGUGGACCUGACUCCUCCCUAAAGGGUGUGAAGCUUCUCUCCGCCCAAAGCACAGAAACUGAGAAAGUUACUUAUAAUGAAGCUACACUCCCGAAGUAUAAUUCUUACUACAACCUGUUUGGCCUCCCGCUGGUGGGCCGUAUGGACUCGGAGGUGGUGUUGACUGGACAUGAGCUGGACACUCUGGCUGUGAGCCAGGCCACAGGACUCCCCAGUGUUGCUCUUCCACGUGGGGUCAGCUGCCUUCCGCCGAUCCUGCUGCCUUACCUGGAACAGUUCAAGCGUGUGACGCUGUGGCUGGGAGGCGAUAUUCGCUCCUGGGAGGCGUCAAAGAUCUUUUCACGCAAACUGGGUCUGAGGCGCUGCUCGCUUGUGCGGCCCGGAGAGUAUCGGCCGUGUCCUGUGGAGGUGCUGGCGCAUGGGAAGAACUUCAGCCACAUCAUAAAAUCCUCCAUCCCAGCAGCCCACAAAUCCAUAGUGUCCUUCAAGCAGCUCAGAGAGGAUGUGUACGGGGAGCUGGUGAACACAGAGCAAGUGGCUGGAGUGAAGUGGACGAGGUUUCUGGAACUCAACAGGAUCCUGAAGGGACACCGCAAGGGGGAGCUGACUGUUUUCACAGGUCCUACUGGCAGUGGGAAGACCACCUUUAUCAGUGAGCUUGCCCUGGACCUUUGCAUGCAGGGCGUCAACACGUUAUGGGGCAGCUUUGAGAUCAACAACGUGCGUCUGGCUAAGAUCAUGCUGACACAGUUUGCCAUGCAGAGGCUGGAGGAAAACCUGGAGCAGUACGACUUCUGGGCAGACAAGUUUGAAGAGCUGCCACUCUACUUUAUGACGUUCCACGGGCAGCAGAACAUCAAGACAGUAAUUGACACUAUGCAACAUGCUGUCUACCUGUAUGAUAUCAACCAUGUCGUCAUUGACAACCUGCAGUUCAUGAUGGGGCAGGAAAACCUCUCAGUAGACAAGUUUGCAGUCCAGGACCACAUUAUUGGAGCAUUCAGGAAGUUUGCCACCAACAGCAGCUGCCACGUCACUCUGAUCAUUCACCCCAGGAAAGAAGAGGAUGACCGAGAACUGCAAACAGCAUCCAUCUUUGGUUCAGCAAAGGCCAGCCAAGAAGCCGACAACGUCCUCAUUCUGCAGGAGAAGAAGCUGGUGACGUGUCCCGGCCGCAGGUCCCUGCAGGUGACCAAGAACCGUUUCGAUGGAGACGUGGGCAUCUUCCCACUGGAUUUCAUCAAGUCUUCGCUCACUUUCGCUACUCCCAUGAAGGGCAAGCACAAGCUGAGGAAGGUCACUGUCAAGCCAGAAAACGAGGAAGGUGAGGAGGUCGAGGUGGUGGUGAAGAAGGAAGUUAAAAAAGAGAAAGCGGCCAAAACAACAAAGAUUUCACAAACUAUCAACAGUCCUGCAACUGGAAAUAAAAGCAAUAACAAUUAAUAGGCAGUAUGGAUAAUUUUUACUGUUGAUCAUAGGCCAGUUUUACCAAUUACACAUUUAUUUUUGAAAGUUAGAAACAGAGGAAGUAAAGCUGAUGCAGAGAUAUCAUAUGAAAGAUAAUGUUAGACAAUUUUAUGUCCAUAACAUAAAGUUCAACUGAGCUGAAUAUUAAGUAUGUUGAAGUAAUGCAAAAUAUAUAUAUUCUAAAAUAUAUGAAAUUAAAGCUCUGAUUGUAAUUCACAUUCACACAGAUAAUACAUAGUUAAUCCAGGAAAAUGUGAGGUUACUAAAGGUUCAUUUCAUUGUUGAACAAAGAACAAAUGUUUUAACCAGCAUGUGAAAUAAUGAUUUUAACAUACAUGUUAAGCUUCUGUACAGUUUGUAAGGCAUUUCUGUGCAGGUACUUCUGUACAUAAACACUGAAUUCUCUGUUAACUUACUUGUUCUUUGAUGUUUUUGUUUGUUGUAAAAAAAACUGUGACACCAAAGCUGCUGUUUUCAUGGUAGUUUUCAAUAUUUCACUGUAAAACACUAUCACACUGUCUGCUUGCCAGGAUGCCCCAAGCACUUGCUCAUAGCAUAGUGUGCUCUCUACUGACAUUUUGUACAAUGAUGAUUUAUUGAAUGAGCUGUUUUUUUUUUUAAUAAAAGGCUUCUGAUGCA